CAGGAAACCCAAGAAGGAUUUUAUGUGUUGGAACAUAAACUAGACUCAGCAAAUUUAGAAGGAACAGGAAACAGAAACAGGAAAACAAACCCUGGGAGUCACUCACAGUACCAAAAGGCUUGGAGAUAACCGUACGGAUUACCCGUAAACGACCAUUUCAGAGGAAUAAUGGGUAUUAUUCUUUUACUCGCUCUGAUCCCAGCAGUCAUCUGCUCACCGGUGUUUCUUCCAGUCGACUGCACUGACUUGUACAACAGAGGUUUUGGUCACAGUGGUGUGUACAGCAUCUACCCAGCAGGACCAGUGUCACCUGUCCAGGUCUACUGUGACAUGGGCAGUGCUGAUGACCCGGAUAGUGGUAAAUGGACUGUGAUUCAGAGAAGAAAAGACGGCACCGUGAAUUUUUAUCGUGGAUGGGACCAGUACAGAACUGGAUUUGGACAAGCAUCAGGAGAAUACUGGCUGGGGCUGGAGAAUAUCCAUGUCCUUAGUCUGAGGAAGAGCUAUGAACUGAGGAUAGACAUGGAGGACUUUGACGGCAACAAAGCCCACGUCCAUUAUUCCUCCUUCUCUGUGGGUCCGGAGCAAGACGGCUACAAGCUUCAAUUCAGUGGCUUCAAAGACGGAGGAGCUGGAGAUUCACUCAGUGAACAUAAUGGUCAGAAGUUUUCUACAUUUGACAAAGACCAGGACACUUCUGUGACAACUAGCUGUGCUAAGACCUACCAGGGAGGAUGGUGGUACGGAGAAUGUCACAGUGUUAAUGCUAACGGUGCUUAUUUAUGGGGCAGCUCAACCUACGGGAUUGGAAUCAACUGGCGUUCUUGGAAAGGAUACGAAUAUUCUCUGAAAUCAAUCGCAAUGAAGAUACGACCCAAACAGUGAUGUUAGAUUGUCAGAUUAUCACACUUACCACAUGCACGUCCUGGCCAAAAACACAGCUACACACACACACACACACACACACACACUGUAGGACAGUCUUGUAUAGACAUUGUGUAGACGUUGACCAAUAUGGGUUUGUUGAUUUUUUUCUGUGACCAGUGACAAUACUAUGGAAGCCCUGAAAUGCCAAUUUAAAAAGAUAUAUAUUUUGUUUUAUUAUUUAUCUCUCUUUUGGGGAAAAGGGUGAAAUAAAAUUUUAGGGUGUUUUUCUUAAUUAAUUUUUUUCUUUUUGGGGAAAAAAUGUGACCAUUUUUUUGGGAAACAUUGUUUUUCUUGGUGGAGAAUUUCUUUUUUUUUAAUUUUUUUUACUUGCCUCCCUCCCAUACGAUACCAAACUUUACAAAUCACAGCAGCCGACUGAUGCCAUUUUUUUUACCCAUUGUAGAAUUUAUGUAUGUACAUACUUUAUAUUACAUUUAUGCAAGAUAAAAUCUAGCAGUUUUAUUUUCCUGAUUCAAAUCGUUUGUCCGUUUACCAGCCUGUAUGUGAUUAUUAUUUUUUAUUACAACAUUUUUACUAAAUGUAGUUUGGGCAUUUUAUCUUCUGUAUAAUCCUGUGAAACUAUAUACUUUGGUGAAGGCUACAAACAAGUCCAGUUGAAUUUCUGCCUCGCCCUGCACUGAAUUUUUUUUUUUCUGUCAUCUUUGUGUAUUUUAUUGUGCUAAAUAAGUCAAACCAAAUCAAAUAUGUAGUGGGUGAUGAGUUUGAUUAAUAAACGUUUCAUACAUGGACAAACUAU